AUGAUGAUGGAGUCCAGUAUCAACAGCGCAACAAUCUUACCACCCUACGAAGAAGAAUUCGAAACAGUUGAUAAUCUUCAUUGGUCUCCAGAAACAGCAAACAGCAUUUAUUUGUUUUGGAUACACCAGCUUCAAGCAUCGAAUGGAUUUUAUAAGCCGGAAAUAUACUAUACAGAUACCGAUAGUUUAUACAUUUCGUCUAGUAAUUGGAAUAAAUUAAAUGAAGCUGGGUUGGUGUCUGAAAACGAAUAUAGCAAAGGGAAGAAUGAUUACGGUGAUGGUGGAAUCAUAUUUGGUUUAUAUUUAGCGCCAAAAGUAAAAUACAAUAUCAUUCUAACUUCCGAGGGUGUUUUAAAAGAAAAGAAAACGUUUAAGGGUUACUCUAACUAUAAGAUUAAGGUAGAAGACUACAUUCAAUUAGCUAGUGGACAUGACGUAACGAAUGCAUUUAAGAAACCUUGGGUAAAAAGUUUUACUGAUGGAAUAGUUAUUCCUAAUGAAAAACAAAAGAAAGUUUUCAGAAGUUAUCUGAAUCUCGUUAAAAGAAAAGCACCAAACAAUGAAGGAAUUAUGUAUCCUUACAACAAUAAAGAUGAGAUGUGUUUGGAUGAAAACUAUGAAUUUGAUGAUUUCGAUUAUCUAACUAUUCAAGAAGAGAAUGAAGAGUGCUAA